AUGAAAAAUACACCAGUCAAAGUUUACAUCCUCAAGGCUUGUUCUAGAAGAAAAGUGUUUGCUCUGGGAGACUGUAGCCCCGGCUCCUUCGUUAUGUCUUUACUCAGAGGAGGUGAAAGAAGAUAUUUCACCAACAUCUCCAUCGGGGGGCGGGACUACUCCUUCAGUAACGACGGAUACCUGUCCAACCCUCUGCUGGACGUCAUCUCCUACACCAACGGGCGCGGCUGGGAGGAGUCAACCCGAGUCUCCAAAGUCUGGAGCAGGUCCAAAGUUUGCUCGAGUCUGCCCAGGUCUAACCGAGUCAGCCCGAGUCCCCCAAGUCUGCCCGAGUCUGCCCGAGUCCCCCAAGUCUGCCCGAGUCUGCCCGAGUCCCCCAAGUCUGCCCGAGUCUGCCCAAGUCCCCCAAGUCUACCCCAGUCUAGCCGAGUCUCCAAAGUCUGCAUGAGUCUGCCAGGCCCCUCUGCUGAAGACCGGAUCCACUAG